CGAAAGCAUGCAUUUCCCUGCAAAAAGCCACUUCCAUGGGCUGAAGUAACUAAGAAUAUAGUACCACCUGAUGUUACUUUCAAUUCCUCUCAACUACAGCGUGCGCAGAGUCACUGGUUGUGCUCCAGUUGCUGCCACCCACCACCACUUCCCAUACCCCUGCACACCUAGACAUGGGAUCAUCAGAAUGUGCUAUACUGCCAUACCCGUAUCCCUUGCUCGUGUACACCUAUGCCUAUCAGUGUGUACCAAGAAGAGCCGUAGAGGCCGCGUAGAACACAACCUCAAAUCGCUGUCCUUCGCCGGCAUCCUCAGUACUAACACACCGCGGAUCCUUUAUAACUUAAUGCUGAAUGACAUAAAUCACGGUAGGAGUAUCAUGUACCAGAGUUACACAGGGUGUGUUCCGAACCGCGUCGAAUAGUUGUCUAAUGUGUGUCUCCCGGUGCUGUGACGCCUUAUUCCUAACGGUUUACUCUCCGAACCCUCUUGUCGGCCUCUUCUCCUUGAACUGUGACGGGGUUGUCUCCUGCACCCCAAAACUGUUUGUACACAGGUUCGUUAUCUUUCGAACUGUGACGGGGUUGUCUCCUGCACCCCAAAACUAUUUGUACACAGGUUCAUUAUCUUUCGUUAACCGCUGACAGGACCACCAGUACCUGGAUGGAGCGUCUUCUCUCCUGAGUCCCUGUGUGUGUAUCCGUCAGACCAAAGCCGGACCGCCCUCUCUUCUGUCCCUGUUCCCGUCGGGAUAUAAGGUAUACGAGUGACGGGAAUCAUCUGAUCGCAUCAUGGCGGCGGCUCCCCAGGAGCACGAAUUCACGCUGGCGGAGGCGGACAGCACUCGAGAGCGGGAGCAGAGCUUUGGGGUACUACGGCUGCAGGAAGAAAGAGGGAGUGACAAACUGCAGGCGAUGGCCGGAGGGGGGCGAGCGGCCCCGACACCUGGGGGCACUAACGGCAGGUGGGGGCUGCAGGCGCCACUGUUUGCAUUCGCUAGGAAGGCAUCGGAGACCCUGAGCGGCAGUAUUCAGGCGUUACCGAGAGGAAGCACUGCAGCAGCGAGCACUCCGACGAGCAUUGUGGAGGGGGCAGAUUCAGAAGUCAUCAUGGACAGCAGAGUUAUAAGGGACCCAAUGGCUGUAGAGCGAGCGAAUCUGCUGAACAUGGCAAAAUUGAGCAUCAAAGGACUAAUAGAGUCUGCACUGAGUUUCGGCCGCACUCUGGAUUCUGACUACCCCCCUCUGCAGCAGUUCUUUGUUGUUGUGGAACACUGCUUGAAACAUGGCCUGAAAGUGAAGAAAUCCUUUUUGGGGUUUAACAAGUCCCUCUGGGGACCAUUAGAAUUGGUAGAAAAACUGUGUCCAGAAGCUGCAGAGGUUGCAGCCAGCGUGAGGGACCUUCCUGGUGUCAAGACACCUCUUGGGCGAGCUCGAGCAUGGAUAAGGCUGUCAUUGAUGCAGAAGAAACUGUCCGAUUACCUUCGCUGCCUUAUUGCACGGAGAGACCUUCUCAGUGAGUUUUAUGAGUACCACGCACUGAUGAUGGAGGAAGAAGGAGCAGUUCUUGUUGGCCUGUUAGUUGGAUUGACUGUAAUUGAUGCAAACCUCUGCGUGAAAGGAGAAGACCUCGAUUUACAGGUUGGAGUGAUUGAUUUCUCCCUCUACUUAAAGAAUGAAGAUGACAGAAGUGGAGAUGAAGAAAGAAGUGAACAGAUUGCCGCAAUCUUGGACCAGAAGAACUAUGUUGAGGAACUUAAUAAACAGCUAACUGCUACAGUGAGCAGCCUACAGGCACGAGUGGAUUCCUUGGAGAAGGCAAACACGAAGCUGAUUGAAGAGCUGGCAAUAGCAAAGAACAGCAUCAUUAAAUUGCAGGAAGAGAAUCACCAGCUGAGAAAUGAAAACAUGCUCAUUUUAAUGAAGACCCAGAACCAUCUUGAGAUAUCUAAAGCCGAUGUGAAUGCUGAACUAGAAACCUACAAGCAAUCACGGCAAGGGCUAGAUGAAAUGUACAAUGAAGCUCGCCGCCAGCUUCAGGAGGAAGCCCACUUGCGACAGGAUGCAGAACACGAGUUACUUAUGCAGGUUAGCAUGAAGCAGGAAAUGGAACUGGCAAUGAAACUUCUGGAAAAAGACAUCCAUGAGAAACAGGAUGCUCUCAUUGGUUUACGGAGACAGUUGGAUGAGGUCAAAGUUAUAAACAUUGAGAUGUACCAGAAACUACAGGGUUCAGAAGAUAAUUUGAAACAGAAGAAUGACAUGAUAAGUCAACUGGAAGAGAAGACCAGUCGUAUCAGUGCAAUGAUGAACCAGCUGGAACAAAGAUUGCAGCUCGCAGAGAAGGCUCAUCAGACCACCGAGAGUGGAGCGAGAAAGUUCGAACAGGACUUCACAAAAAGAAGUGAGAACCUGAAGAAGAAGAUUGUACAGAAGGAACACCAGUUGCAACAGUUAGAAACAGACUUAAAAAUUGAAAGGGAAUGGAGAUGCGCUCUACAAAAUAACCUGGAGAAGGAAGCAGAGGUUAUCAGUCAGCUUCAGGCAGACGUUGCGCACAUCAACCAGUUAAAGAAGGUGUUCCUCGAUUUGCAGGAUGAAAACAUGCAACUCAAGGGACUCUGUGAUGACCAGGAGCAGGCUCUCCAAGAACUGGGCUGCAAACUUAGCGAGUCAAAACUUAAAAUUGAAGAUAUAAAGGAAGCGAAUAAAGCCUUACAGGGACAAGUGUGGUUAAAAGAUAAAGAAGCAACGCAUUGUAAACUUUGUGAAAAAGAGUUCUCUAUUGCCAGACGAAAGCAUCACUGUCGUAACUGUGGUGAAAUUUUCUGUAAUGCUUGUUCUAACAAUGAACUUCCUCUGCCAUCCUCACGAAAGCCAGGACGAGUCUGUGAUAUAUGCCAUGCAGUUUUACUUCAGCGAUGCUCUUCGAAUGCAACCUGAAAACAUCUAUGCAAAUUUUCCAAUGGCAUUACAUUAUUUAAUAACGUACUCUGGGAGUACUUUGUCCUUUGGUUGCUUGAACCUUAUGCAAAACCAACUGCCAAGACAUUGUGUGGAUUACAGUUUCCUCAGCCCUGUGGGCAACGAUUCAGAGGAUAAUUGAGAUUCAUUUCAACUUGAAUUCUAAUGCUGUUCUCACUGGAAGAACAGAAAAAAAAAGACAGGAGGUGCCAUUCAGAAGGUGUUUGUGGCAUCUUCAUGUUGUAGUCUUAACUGAUAAAGGAGCCUUUUUUUUUCCAGACUAGACCCGCAUUGGCCAAAACUGAAGACAAUUGAUUAGGUACUAUAUAUAACUCCAGUGCCAAAACGUGCUGAAUCUGUAUUCAGCUAAAUAUCAGAGAAUAGCUACUGUUUUACCUUUCCAUAAACACGUCUUGUUCAUACGAUUAUUUUAAAUGGGCUUGUUUGAGUCCAUUAAUAGCAGAAAGACUGCUUAUAGCGCAGAAUGCACUUUUGGUACUACUAUGUAAAAUUCACAAUGUAAAUAUAUCAUUCAGACGUUUCAAAGUGCAUUCUACACUAGAACAGAGAUACACUAAUGAUUCAUGUUGGGUAACAAAAACUGUUUGUUUUUUAAUUCAUUGUUUCAUAGAAAGUGUUUUUCUGUUGGCUGUUGAAAAAAAACUAAUCUUCA